AUGUCCGACUUUGAGGGCAAAAACUUCAACACCGGCUUCCAGGGCCUCGUCACCACCGCAGCCAUCUUUGCCGGAGUAGGCGGCGCCGCCAUCAUCGGCUACGAGACUCUCCGCCAGCUCCGCCGCCUGCCCAAGGUCGAGUUCGUCCGCUUCUGGAAGCAGAAGCGCGCAGACCGCGAGGGACACGGCGGCGUCGAUGGCGCCGCAGACCCGGAAGCCACCGCCGGCGCUGGCAUCGGCACUCGCUCCAAGCUCACCUGCGAGGACUGGGAGAUGGGCCAUUUCUACCAGGCUCGCAUGUUUCACGCAACCACCCCGUCGCCGCCGCUCUCGCGCUGGCCGUUUGGCUGGAUCAAGCAGGCCAUCAAGUUCUCGGACCAGUUCUACGCCGAGCACACGGGCAUGGACACGGUCGUCUACGUCCGCUUCCUCCGCGCCUGCCUCCGCUGGACCCUCCUCCACACCCUCACCACCGCAGUCAUCCUCCUCGUCAUCCACAUCAAGUACAGCAAGGGCGUCGCCGCCACCGACAUGUCGCGCGCAUCGCUCUCCUACCUCGUCACCGUGCCCGGCCCCGGCUGCGACGACAUCGGCGACACGAGCUGCGCGCGACUCCCAAACGAGCAGGGCCGCUCCCUCCUCUGGAUCCACCUCUGCCUCAUCUGGUACAUCACCCUCACCUGGCUCUACGCCCUCUGGUGGAUCGCAAAGGGCUCCCUCCGCAUCCGCCGCGGCCUCAUCCAGCAGACCCGCGACCGCAUCAUCGAGUCCCGCAGAAAGGCCGCCGAGGAAAAGCAGCGCCUCGCCCAGGCGGAGCAUGAGGGCGGCCAAGGCAGCCACGACAGCGUCGACGGCAGCACCUCGCCGCACCCCAAGCUCGCCCUCGGCUCGGCACAGGGCCUGCCUGCCGACACCAGCGAGGGCUGGAGGCAGCGCACCCUCAUGGUCAUGAACCUGCCUCCGACCAUGCGCGACGAGGCGAGCAUCCGACGCUACUUUGAAGAGUUCCUCCGCCCAGACGAUGCCAGCAUCCUCUCUGACUCGCACGACGGCGGCGACGCCCGCCACGUCGAUGACGAGGACGAGGACGAGGACGAGGAGCACCGGUCCGGGCGUGCCAACGGCGGCGGAGCGGGGCGGGCCGAAGGCGACGCCAGCCUCGAGAUGGGCAGCUCCGAGGCGGACCACUCGCGCAGGGGCCUCGUGUCGAUGGACCACGAGCGGAGCAGCUCGGGGCGCCACCGCUCGUCAAACGCCGGCGACGCGCCCGUGGGCCCCGAGCCGGACCUCAACCCGGACCGCCACCUCAAGAGCCCCGUGCAGACCGUCGUGCUGGUGCGCAAGAUGAACGAGCUGUCGUCGAUGCUGGGCCGAAGGCAGGACGUCCUCAACCAGCUCGAGGCCGCGCACAUCAAGCUGGCGCAGAACGUCAUGGCGACCGUUGGGCGGCGGACCAUCAAGUUGCGGCGGCGGGCCAAGCGCGAUGCCGCCAAGACCAGGGCCGAGGACGCGGCCGACGAGCGGGUCAGUUGGGGUCACCGCCGAGGCGUGCUGGGCAUCGUCACCGACUUCUUUGGCAAGCUCGGUCGCCGCCGGGCCGCGAAGGGGGAGGGUGGCGGCGGCGGCAGCAGCGGCAAUGGCAAUAGCCGGCAUGCAGCCGGCGACCCCAUGCCCGACAGCGAGCCCGCCUCGGGCGCGCACACGCCCGACCAGCUUGAGCUGGAUCUGGAAAAGAUGGCGCCGGCCCACCUCACCGACGAGGCCAAGGCCAAGAUCGACGACCUGGCGCGGCGGCUGGCGCGCUUCUCGCCGGCCAACGCCGGCCUGCACGGGCGCGAGCAGCCGCUCAUCGGCCAAGACGGCGAGGGCAAGGACAACGAGAUGCACGAGACGGUGUGGGAGGCGCUGGCCGAGGUGCCGCGCGAGAUGCUUGACCCGUACCAGCCCGUGACGCGCCUCUCGGCCCUCUUCCGCGGCCAGACGGUGCCGACGAUCGACUACCUGCUGACCAAGCUCAACCUGCUGACGGCGCUCGUCACCGAGAUGCGCUCGCGCCCGCCGACGAGCUACGAGCCGACGUCGACGGCCUUUGUCACGUUCCGCGACCCGCGCCAGGCGCGCAUGGUGUGGCGCGAGCUCAAGAGCCAGAUUGUGGUCAAGGUGCGGCUGGCGCCCGAGGUCAAGGACCUCGACUGGGAGCGCCUGAUGCGCACCUCGUUCACCGGCGACCUGGUCCGCGGCCUCGGCGUCAACGUCGGCUUCUGGGCCUUUACCAUCUUCUGGGUCAUCAUCAUCAACAUCAUCACCAACACCCUCUUCUCGGUGCAGUCGCUCAAAAAGGUGCUGCCGGGCGUCCAGCAGUUUUUCGACUCGCACAAGAGCUUCGAGGCCUUCCUGUCGAUCACGCUGCCGACCGUCAUCGUGUCGCUGAUCACCAUGUCGAUCCCCGAGCUCAUCUUCCAGACGAGCAAGCGCGCCCAGGGCUUCGUCACCUUCAGCGCCCUCUACGACAUGUGCCUCAUCCGCUACUGGAAGUUUGUCAUCUGCAACAUCGUCAUCUUCUUCUGCGUCGGCGUCACGACGGUCAAGGCGAUCCUGUCGCAGGUCGACGAGUCCGGCCGGAUCCUCGACAACAUCGCCUUCAGCUUCCCGACGGCGGCGCCGUUUUUCGUGUCGUACAUGAUCCUCCAGCUGGCGCUCCAGUCGGGCUUUGAGCACGUCGGCUUCAUGAUUGCGCUGCUGCAGCACCUCGGCGCGCGCAAGGCCGUCACGCCGCGGACGCGCGCCCUCAAGACGCUGCCGCGCAACUUUAACCGCUACUACUGGCUGCCGCUCCACAUCAACAUCAUGGCGAUCCAGUUCAUCUUUGCCGUCCUCAACCCGCUCGUGCUGCCGUUUGCCCUCGUCUACAUGGCCGUGGCGCUCGUCGUGUUCAAGAAGAACUUCGCCUACCACUACUACCGCCGCUUCAACGAGAUGCAGGGCGUCGUCUACUUUGUCCGCAUCCUGCGCUACAGCCUCGACGCGCUCACCGUGAUGCAGGCGGUGCUCCUCAUCUUUUUCAGCGUCACCCACCAGGGCUCGGUCUACAUUGGCAUGACGGCCGUCCUGAUCCCGCUCACCGUCAUUGUCAAGCUGCUGGCCACGCGCCUGUGGAAGUCGCAGUGCCGCGCCGUCGAGGACGAGGAGGCCGAGGCCGUCUGCGGCAUCGACUCGCGCGCCACGCGCUGGGGCGAGAAGCACGACCGCAGCGACUACGGCGAGGCCGCCCACGACGACGCCCUCGACAGCCGCAGCCCGCUCGACGCCCGCGCCAGCGGCCGGUACCCGUCGAUUGUGCCGCCGCCCCAGACCGGGUCGACCUUCUACCGCGCCUGGCAGCGCGUCCACGACUCGUUCAACGCCAACGGCAUGGACAAGAUGAGCUACCUCGCCUCGGCCCACGCCAAAGGCCAGAAGGUCCACCACCCGCUCGAGGUGGGCGCCAAGACGCUCGCCAAGACGCCCGAGCACCUCCUCAAGCGCACGGCGGCCCAGGGCAAGCACCUCACCUCGGCCGCCAAGCACCACCUCGGCCUCGACCCGCUCGCCGGCGGCGGCGGCGGCGGCAGCAAUAACAACUCGAGGAGCAGCGUCGACCGCUACGGGCCGGACCACUCGUCGCAGCGCAGCGCGCCCUCCUCGCGCCCGGCGACGGGCAACGCCCCCGGCAAAAAGAACCGCACCAUCAGCUUCAACCAGGCCGAGCCGGCCGACGAGACCAACGAGCAGAUCCGCCACGAGCUGCGCGUCGCCCGGGCCGUCUCGAAGCGGCGCAAGGGCGACUACGGCCGCUCGCGCGCCUCGACCCUGGGCCUCACGCGCGGCAACAGCACCAAGAGCGAGGAGCGCCCCUUUCUGUCGGGCUACGACGCCGUCUCGGCCCACGCCCCCGUCGCCAGCGAGGACGACACCGAGCUCAGCUUCGCCGACGGCGACGCGCCCUUCCUCGAGCUGCACGAGGAGAUGGCGCGGUCGAGGAGCAUCAAGCGCACCGCGAGCCGCCGCCUGGCCUACAGCCACAGCACGCUCAAGCAGCGCCGCCGCGGGCAAUUCCCGGCCCUCGACGCCGAGCUCCUGCACAACGGCCUCGGAACGCCCAUCCGCGAAGUCUCCGAGUUCGGCGGGUCGCACCAGACCGAGGCCGCGGCGCGCAAGAUGGCCGAGGCCAACGCGGACGGCGAGCGGCUGCCCAAAGAAUCGUCGCUCGGCAAGGCGCUCCGCUCCGACGGCGACGUCGUUGACGAUGGUUCCGAAGGCUCGUACUACGGCGACAGCGACGAGGAAGACGAGGACGACGAUGCAGCCCGUCCGCUCGUGUGCCCGCAUGCACCCGUGCGCUGGGACGACACGCCGAGCAACGUCGCGCGGUACAACAACCCGUUCUACAACCGCGAGCUCGACCCGUACCUCUGGCUGCCGCGCGACCCGCUCGCCCCGCUCGACCUGUGCGACACGAUCGAGUGGCACGGACCGGCGCUCGUCAGCUCCCAGGGCGGUCCCGGCCGCGUCGGCGAGUGGGACGACGACGAUGACGACGACGACGACGAGACGGGCGACGGCACCGACGGCGACGGUAUCCGGUUCGGGGGCGAGGCGGGCGACGAGAAGCUCACCCACCUCGACCUGCUCGAUGGCCACGAGGAGAUCAUGGUCUCGAGCGCCCUGGCGCGCCACCUGGAGCAGGUCGAGGACGUGGACCAGGCGCCGGAUCCGGCCGCGAGCCUGCCCAAGAACCUGAUGGAGGACUACAAGCGUGCGCUGCGGCGGCAAGACGCCAGCGUCGACGGCCUGGCGACGACGACGAGCCAGGCGUCGUCGGACGGCACGUUCAUGGGCGGCAACCGCAGGCUCAAGCACGUGGCGAGCGGCGGCGCUGGAGGCGGCGGCGGCGGCGGCGGCGAGAGCUUCAAGUCGCCGACGCUGUCGGCCCGCAUCCUGGCCGACGAGCGCUUCGCCGGCCUGGAGCCGCUCGACCUGACGGCGUCGACGCUGCGCGCCAGCUCGAGCAUCGACACCGAGAUGGCGUCGCCGCAGACGGCCCUGUCGGACGGCUCGCAAACGCUUCCGCCGUCGAUCUCCCUCCAGAUCCCACAGCGGCGAUCGAGCGGCGCCUCGACGGUGCAGCGCCUCAGUCCGGGCGCCGUCAGCCCGAUGGCGCUGCGGAGGACGACGAGCACAGAGAGCCGGGAUCCGCUGGCGCAUACGCCCGACGAGGCCGAGGAUCCGAUCGCGCGGCAGGAGGUCUUGGCGUCCGAAGACCACUCGACGUCGACGGCGUCGCCCAUGACGCCUCGGCUGCGGGCGGGCUCGUCGGGCGGCGCAGGCAGCAGGCGACCGGGCACCUCGGACACGAUCAACUCGAGCGCGACGACGACGGGCGGCGACCGACGGCGCAUGGCCGUGAGCCACUCGGGCGUGUCGUUUGCGCCGGCCGAGGAGGGUGCCGAGUUUGGGCAGACGCUCAGGAAGCCUCGGCCGAGCCCGGGGCACCCGAAAAGGCGCGGCUCUGGCGUCUACAGCCAGGGCGGCGGACCGGGACCCGGCUCGAUGGCGAGCACGAAUGCGAACCGGGUCGUGACGCUGCGUGCGGCGCUCAAGGCCGAGGCGCUGGAAGAGGAGCGGCGCUUCACGCUCAAGGAGAAGCUGACGAAGCGCGGGCGCAAGUCCAAGGGCGGCGGCGAGGCCAAGGCGGGCGACGGCGACGACGAGGGCGGUGCGGCGGCCGACGAUGGCGACGGCGCCGAGAGCAGUGCUGCGGGCCUGGGUGCGGGCGGGGGGUCGGGCAUGCACCGCACGGGCUCGAUCAUGGCGCGGUACGAGGCGCGGCAGCGUCGUCGCGAGAAGAACGCGAGCGAGUUUGGGCUCGAGGGCAACAUCCACGAGAGCCCCGAGGACGAGGGCGCGGGCGCGGGCGCGGGUGUGGGCGAGUACAGCAUCGCGCCGGCGACGCAGAUCAACGACGCGUCGGUGCCGUCGUGGGUGCGCAGCCCGCGCGACACGGGGGCGAGCCGGUUCAAGGUGGCGGCGCUGGGCGCCCUCAGCCUGGCGCGGGCGCACACGACGGCGACGGGCCGGCAGAGCAACAACGCGGCCAAGGGCGGCGGUGGCACCAGCAGCGGUGUCGGCAACGAGGCGGCGGCGGCGGCGGCGGCGGCGACGAGCCAGGCGGAUCGGCUGGCCCAGGCGCGCAGCCAGUGGGAUCAGCGGUACGCCUCUGGUGGCUCCGAGUUGCAGAUGAAGGAGCUGGGCAAGGGCGGCGGUGGCGAGGCAGGCGACACCGGCGGUGAUGGUGUCGCUGGCGCCGACGACGAGGGCGAUGCGCCGACACCCCGACCGCAGGACCAGGACCGGGCGCUGUGA